GCUACUUUAUACGUAACAUAAAUAUAGUGCAUGAGGCAUCGUUUGGACAGUGCGUCGACUCCUCCGUAUACAUGUGCCUUGCAACGUACCCGCGACGCCAACUGCAUUCCCGAUAAUUAUACUCGCGAGCCAAACAUGAGCCGCGGCGUAGCGUCCGAUCGACACGUUCAACUGGCCAAAUUAUUACCUAUAAUCGCUCGGACUCUCGCGGAGGCUUGAAAUAUCCCCGAGUCCCCAAGAGUUGUAUGUGUGCAGUGCGACAACAACAAAACGUCACGCUCGAUACGAUAUAAGAACUCGAACGAGAGAAAGCCGAACCCUUUCGUGAUCCCAGCCUAUUCGUUACGAUAAGGGUACAGAGAAAAGAUGUUUAAAAUGAAGAUCACACAGUGCAGUGUCAUCGUUUUAGUCACACUUGUGCUACAUACUACAGCUUUAAAUCAAUCUCCACCAAGGAUAUCCAAACAACCACCAACAGAUGAAUUAUUGUUCCAAGUAGCACAAGCCAAUAUAAAUGAAAAUGAGAAACCAUUUUUGAUUGAAUGUGAAGCAGAAGGAGAACCAGCACCUACAUAUGAAUGGAUAAAGAACGGCAAAGAAUUCAAAUGGCAGGCAUAUGAUGACCGUAUGUCUCAACAGCCAGGUCGUGGUACUCUGGUAAUUUCUAAACCUCGCGACGAGGAUCUUGGGCAAUACCAGUGCUUCGCUACCAAUGAAUGGGGUACUGCUACCUCGAAUUCAGUUUUUGUGCGCAAAGCCGAGCUGAAUUCUUUCAAGGAUCAGACCCCGUUAGCCAUGGAUGCCAACGAAGGUGACCCCUUCAAAUUGACUUGUCAACCUCCGGAUGGUUGGCCAAAACCCAACGUUUAUUGGCUUUUGCAAGACGUCAAUGGAGUCAUCAAAUCGAUCAAUAAUUCUAGAAUGACUCUGGAUCCGGAGGGUAAUCUAUGGUUCAGCAACGUUACCAAACUUGACCGUUCAGAGGAUAAUUAUUAUGCCUGUGCCGCCACGUCUAUGUUCCGUAACGAAUACAAAGUAGGUAACCGAGUUAUUCUGCAUGUCACCUCAACUGGUUCUACUGCAGCUUCCAACAAACGUGAGCCCGUAAAACAGUAUGUCAGUCGUAAAAACGAAGUGGCUUACAGAGGCAAAAAGAUUGAGCUGUUUUGUAUUUUUGGUGGUACCCCCUUACCACAAACGGUUUGGAGCAAAGAUGGCCAGAGAAUAUCACCUAAUGGGCGAAUAGUCGAAGGCAAUUAUGGAAAGUCACUCGUCAUCAAGAGCGUUAAUUUUGAAGACGAAGGUACUUACACUUGCGACGUAUCCAACGGUGUGGGCCAGUCGCAGUCGUACUCGAUAAACCUCGAGGUACUUUCUAAACCCUAUUUCACGGUCGAGCCAGAAAUAGUUAAUGCCGCCGAAGAUGAAAGAAUCGAAUUCAAGUGCGAGGCCAGCGGUGUGCCCAAGCCACAAAUCAAAUGGAUCCACAAUGGUCGACCCAUUGACGAGUCAAAUUACAACGAUCGUCGUAAAGUCACCCCAAAUUCCAUUAUAAUUGAAAGGUUGCACAAAAACGAUACAGGAAAUUACGGUUGUAACGCUACCAAUUCUAUUGGUUACGUGUACAAAGAUGUGUACGUUAACGUCUUGGCUUUACCACCAGAAAUUCUGCAACCCCCAAUAGACGAAGCUACAGUUGACGGAAAAACCAUUAGACUCACUUGUCGUGUGUUUGGUGCGCCUAAACCAGAAGUCAAGUGGUUGAGAAAUGGCCAAGAAUUGACGGGUGGUCGUUACAAAAUCCUUGAGAGUGGUGAUUUAGAAAUUGAAAACGUCAUCUACUCCGAUGGUGGUGAUUAUGAGUGUCAUGCGAGCAACAAAUUUGGAAAGGUCAACGCUACUGGCGCAUUAGCCGUGAAAGAACAUACGAAGAUCAACGAUGCACCGGAAGAUUACGAAGUAGCCGCAGGUGCCACUGCCACCUUCAGAUGUAAUGCCGUGUCUGACUCAACUCUAAAUCUUCAAAUCGAUUGGUUAAGCAAGGGCGAGUCGAUUGAUUUUGAGGCUGAACCUCGUUUCAUUCUCAGCACUGACUUUUCCCUCAUGAUUACCAAAACAACAGAAUUGGACUCUGGUACUUAUACGUGCGUCGCCCGUACCGAUCUCGAUGAAGCUCGCGCUUCUGCCACGCUGAUCGUACAAGACGUGCCAAAUUCGCCCACGCUUACUGGUAUCAGUUGUGGCUCGAACGAAGCCUAUGUCAGCUGGAUACCUAUGGGUGACAAUCGAUCGCCCAUUCUGCGUUAUGCCAUUCAGUAUAAUACGUCUUUCACUCCGGAUACAUGGGAAUUUGCCAAAGAUCACGUCCCAGCUACUGAACAGAGAUACUCGAUACAAAUGAGCCCAUGGGCUAAUUACACUUUCCGCGUAAUUGCUUUCAACAAAAUCGGACCAUCGCAACCUUCGGCUCACAGUCAAGUGUGUACAACGUUACCAGAUGUACCAUACAAAAACCCUGACAAUGUUGCUGGUCGAGGCGACGAUCCGCAGAAUCUCAUUAUUUCUUGGACGGUUAUGCCACAAAUUGAGCACAAUGCGCCUAAAUUCAUGUACAGAGUAUACUACAAACGAGAUAUACCUGGUGAAAAAUGGACCAUUGAGGAUAUUCACGAAUGGAGAAGAAACUCGUUGAGAAUCAACAAUCAACCAACUUACCAAAGGUAUAAAAUCAAAGUGGGUGCGAUUAACGAAAAAGGAGAGUGCAGAGAACAACCUACGGAAAUAAUAGGAUAUUCUGGAGAAGCCGAACCAACCAUGGCCCCAACUAAUUUUACUUUGGUCGAGGUGAGAUCAAGUACAAGUGCUCUACUGUCUUGGAGUCCGGUUACAUUGGAAUCCGUUCGAGGAGAGCUGCGUGGAUAUAAAAUCGAAACUUGGACUGAACGAGAUGGCGAAGAAUCUCUCAGAGAAUAUGAUGUCAAGGGCGGCAAUAAGACAUACGCAUUGGUCAAUAAAUUCAUACCAUUUAGCAAAAAUUCCGUUAGAAUAAAGGCUUACAAUGGACGGUACCACGGGCCGCCUUCGGAAACUUUAACUUUUGACACGCCUGAGGGAGUUCCUGGCACUGUAAUGGGUUUGGAGGCUUACCCAGUCGGUUCAAACACUAUUCUUUUGAAAUGGAACAAACCCAUUGAGAUCAACGGCAUCUUGACCGGAUAUAAAAUAACUUAUCAAAUCGUCAACGGUUCUAAAAUCGGCAAUGAAAUUGAGAGACGACCACCGAUCACUGAUCCGGAAGCUACCAAUGCUAAGUUGUCUGGUUUAAUGCCAGAAACCAAAUACAGAAUCAGUAUACGAGGCACUACACGUGCUGGAUCCGGUGAAGCUUUCUUCGUGGAAAAAAGAACACCCGCUUCAAGGAAACCCGAUGUGCCGACCUUUUCAUGGUACAAUAUUCCUAAAGAGAGUGGUCUGACAAAUGUCAGGAUAAUUUGGGAGCAAAGAUACGAUGGUUUUCCAGGCAGCUACUUUUUUGCUAAAUAUCGAUUGAAAGGAGAAACCAUUGAAAUUCCAACAGAUCCGGAAAAAUUAAAUAAUGAAAUUGAGAUCCGUGGUUUGGAAAGCGGUCGCGUGUACCUUGUUUCCAUCGUCGCUGUUGAUGGAGAUUAUUUCUCCGAAAGUCGUACGCAAGAAGUAGAAACGAGUAAUGAAGGUCCAAUUAUUCAAGCACAAGAGAAUGUCGCAACAGCUGGAUGGUUCAUUGGUAUGAUGUUGGCUAUCGCAUUCCUCUUGUUCAUUCUUGUCAUUGUAUGUGUGAUUAAACGCAAUCGGGGGGGCAAGUAUGCCGUGCACGAACGUGAACUUGCUGCUGGUCGAGCCGAUUACCCAGAAGAAGGUUUCCAUGAGUACUCACAGCCAUUAGAAAGUAAAUCAGGUGCGAGGUCGUCCAUGGCGUCAUCCCAUCAAGAUAAACAUGCCGAAUCUGACACUGAUUCCAUGGCAGAAUAUGGAGAGGGCGAUACUGGUCGCUUCACAGAAGAUGGAUCAUUCAUCGGUCAGUACGGACCAAAAGGCAGACCAGACAUUCCACCGCCUAUACUAGCAGGAGGACUGGCGACAUACGUUUAACCUUCAGAUAACAUCACCAUCAUUCAACAACUGCGAAAUAUAAGAUGGAUCGAUGAAAAUGAUGAUGAAUUCGGCGUGCGCCGAGUUUACGUUGAUUCAAGUAAAAAUUCACCUUGCCACUUGUGCAGAAGCUAAAAAAAUGCUGAUAUUAACGUAUGAUACUAAAUAUUAAUACGUAAUAACCGUUGCAUCUUGCGCUGAGCGCAACGUCCAAGAAACUCUUUACUGCCAAUUAAGAAUCUCGUCUUUAGGGUUUUAUAAAAAUACAAAUGAUUCAUGCGACAGAAUUGCACCCAACUAUUCUCAAGCAAAAAAAUAGUAUCGUUAUAUGCACGCGUGCAUUUAUUUGGAGCUUUUUAAUAUGAUUGCGUGGAAAUUGAAGUAAUCGAUUUCUUCGUUCAGCACAAAGUAAGAAAUGAAACUUUAUGAACCCCAACGACUUGAAGUUUUUAAGUGUUCUUUUAGCGUGCGAAAUAUAAAUGAAGACGGCAUUUUUACUUUUUUUAGUGAAUCUUGUUCGCUUUUUGAAAGUAAAUUUUCAGCGUCGACGAGAAAUCACAUGAGUGUAAAAAUAAGUAAUACAUCACGUCGAUGAUAAUGAAUAAUAGACGCCUGCUAAUCACAGGGUACCCACGUUAUGUUUGAAUUGUUUCUAAUAUGUAUUGACAGGUUUUGAGACUGCAUUGAUUCUAUUAUCCUUGGUAGGCUAUUAAAUGAAAAAAUAAAAGGAAAUUAGGUAUGUUGUUCGAAAAUUUUGCUUCUUAAAGUUUAUGCUAUUUACAAGAAAGAAAUUAAUAAUUGGUUGAUAGUAAAGAAAGAGAGUCGAUCGAUUUUUUAUAAAAAUAAACAUACUUAAUGUUUUUCUUAGCGAGAGCCCGUCAAACUAGAAAAUAAACUCUGUAGUUUUGAAAGAAAAGACUUUACACGAUUGUUGCGCGCUUAUGAUAUAAUCUUUAGCGUCCAAUUUCAAUGUCUGAAAAGUGAUUUUAAAAAAGCUGCUAUGCAACUCCAAUUGAAAACUGUAAUCUAAUAAAUAUACUUUAAAAUGUGGUAUUAAAUAUUGAAUAAAAUGAAACAUAGUGGGCCAGAAGAAACACAUUUCAACACGCAAAACAAACUAAAGAAACACGAACAAAGUAAAAACGAAAAUAUAUCAUCGAGUUUAAGAGAUAAUAGAAAUAAAAAACGACCGUACUCUCAGACUUUGCACUCUUGCAAGGUGUGAAAGUGCUUUAAGUAUAGUAUAAUAUUGUACAUGUAAAUGCUGGUAAAUUAUUAUUUAUAAUAUUUAAAAAAUAAAAUUAUUGUAAAUGCACUGUAGUAGUUAAUCAGAUCACAGGGCCUCUAAUUGUUGCUUUCCGUGAAUAAAACGCGCUUCUAGUUGACAAAGAGCAGACGUAUAUACAUAUUUUUUUCCUUAAAGAAUUUUCUUUAUUUUCUUUAUUUUUAUGAGUUUUAAUGUAAACUUUCUCUCUCUGUAGUUUGUUUUAUUUUUCGCUGAGGUGAAUUGUAAAAAUAUGAUAGGUAUAAUAUCGUAUGAAACAAACGAAAGUCAAAUACAAAUACCCACAGAAGCUAUUUAUUAAUAUGUUAUGGAUGUUAAUUUAAUUUUUCGAAUUAUUCUAUUAUACAGAGUAGUUCAUUGCCUUCCUAUUCAUACAUCUAUCGCUUGUUUUUACAGUUUCAUCUGAGAACAAUUUGGCGCCAAAAAAUAUUUGCGCAAAUAAUGUCGAAUACAUGUAUUCGAAAAUCUUGUUGUUUUUUCUAAUUUUCAUAAACAUAAUUUAUGUUUUAUUCCUUUUUAUUAUUUCAAGAACGUCUAAAUUGUUCAUAACAAUAAAAAAUGUACUAAGAUUACUCUGUUAUAAUUAUAUGAGCGUCGAAUCUGUGUUCGAAUUCUAGCGUAUGUUUAGGCAUCACGCAGUUAGUUGACUUUCCUUAAAAACUUCCAGUAUUUUCAUAAAAGGGAUUCAUAGUCAAUCUCUAACAUCUAUUUUUAAAAGGCUUUGAAUUCUUCAAACUAAUCUCUUGUCAAUCUUUUUUUUACAUUUUCAUCUGAGUGCUUGUAGCUCUCAAUUAUUUUUAGAUAAAAUGCUUCAUGAAUUUUACAGUACAAAUCGAUAAACAAAGGAGAAGAAACAAUAACUAUAAAUAUUAAAAAUAGAGAUGAAAAUUUAAAAUAUCGAUAAUGUUUCAACGUAACAAACAAUAGUAUAAUAAGCGAUUAAGUGCGAAGAAAUAUAGAGUGUAAUAUGAUGAAAUAAAAAAAUUUACCUUCAAAAGCAGCUAAUACUAAAUGUAAGUUCUUAAAGUUCUUGUGAAUCGAAUCUCAUAUAACUAAUAAUUUAGAAAAAUAACGUGGUGAUCGUCACUUGCAUUUCAGAAUUGUUAAAAAAGAAUCUCAUCAGUAAAUUGCAUUAAUUAUUUAACAAAGAUUUUGACAUUAAACAUGAUCCGAUUUGUAAUAUGAGUUUUAGGCUGUAAAAAUGGUAAGGAAAGAAAAAUGUUAAAAACAACAUUUUCCGACGAUCGUGCUGUAUGUUCGAAUGUUUUUUUCAAAGUAUUACAUUUUGUAAUGUUGCAAUUCGUAAUUUUUGUCAUAUUUGUACAUUAAAAAUGCAACAAAUUGAAUAUAUAAAAUUAACGUAUUAUUUAAAGCUACAAUAUGAUAUAUGGUCAGUUAUCCUUUCUUUCACUGCAUCUCUCGUAAUUGUGCGAACGAUGAAGUGAUCGUUGAGCGUAUAGGCAUACAAUUACACAUUUAAGACAGUCAUUUUUUACUAUGCAAUAGAAAAAAUGAAUAUCUUAGGACACAUGCGAAUCAAGUUGAAUACCGUUUGUGUUAUUUCUUUGCUACUAUGUUUCGCUGAUAAAAGGGUGUAUCAUAUAUCUGUGUUCACUCAAUAAAAAGCUUCAGAUAAAACGUAACUUUUAUAUGAAUUUAGAAUAUAUAUAAAUCUCAAAGUCUUUAAAUGAUUUUAUUGUAAUUUAACCUACAUCGUAUUAAGUUUUUACUAGUAAACUUUUUUAUUGUAAGAUUUACCUUUUUUUUAAGUAAUUUAUAAAAAUAUACAUAAAUAUAUUAAUUUAUUAUUAAAAUGCGAAUUGUAAUAAAUACCAUCUCUCUUCCUUGUGCUGAUAUAUUGUACGUACGAAAAAAAACAAAGGGAAGUUGUUUUUCUGCACGUCUAGACAUAGUUCAAAAACCGUAAAUAUCGUCGAAAUCAGGUCGUAUUAUGUUGUAGUGUGUUUGGAAUUUAUUGUGUAUACAAUGAACAGGAAAUGAAAAAAUCAAAUGUUUAUAUAAAUGUAAAUUAUAUAAGUGUAUGUGUAAUUAGAGAGUUUCAUCGAUGUAACGAUUAUAUAUAAACGGUGAGGAAAAAAUGUUUUAUGACCUGUAUGGUAACGCUAAUCGAGGUUUUUGAACUCGUUUGAUCGAACAGAUGGACGAAAGACAUAAAGAUAAAUACAUUUUUUUAAAACGCUCGCAAAAAGCUGUGUAAAACAUCUAUACACGCUCACUCACGUCAAUAAAAGA